GAAAUCAUUCUAAUAAAACCCUAAAACCAAAUCUCCCGCCUUUUCCUUAUCAUCUUAUUAUCCUCCGUUUCUCUGCAACUCCAAACUUCAAACCCUUAUUCAUCAUGGAUCAGGAGAUCAAAGCUGAAUUCAAAAGAAGCGGUUUUUCUCUUGAAGCUGAAGCUGAAGAAGAAAUACUGAAAAAAUGUCUUACUGUCUGUAUAAAUUAUAAACUUACACCUUCGGAUCUCGCAUCUAACUGGGAAGCAUAUCAUUUGAACAGGGACUUAACUGGAUUCUCUCUACAGAAUUCUCAAAUAGAUGGUUUUUUGAAUCACCUUGAGAAUGAACAGAAGAAAGCGAUUAUCAAAGAGGAACCAUACCCACAUCUGUACUCUAGCAAUGAUGUUGAAAUGCUCCUCGGAGAUGAAACUUAUGAUUCCAGAGAUGGUACUAUUGGAACACCAACUGACAAACGAGAAAAACUGUAUUUGGACUCGCCCCAAACAAAUGAGUUAAUGUCUUAUUCCGGAAGACCGACGAAACGUGGCAGUAACCAUAUGACGCCUUUUGGGCAGAGAACAAACAAGUUUGUUGUGCAAUUUGCGUGUAAUAAGACAGAAGAUACAGAGAAUGAUGUACGCGGCAACGAGCUAGCAGUUCAAGAGGAUGAUGUCAUUAAGAGGAUUCGACCCAUUGAGAGGUGUUCCUUGGAAAUCCAAGGGUCAAAGCCAGAACCUGGCUGCCGAUUCAUGUACGAUAGUAUUGAGAACAAGUUUAAUUCCAUUGAGAAUCACAUCAUAAAGCAUGCAUCGACAAUUGGUGCUACUCGACUCUUUGAGGAAUCAGUAGAUCCUACAGUUGCUUCAAAUAAAAGUAUAUUUUCCGUGGGUAUGGUUUGUUGCGACGGAGAAGGUCGUCUCAAUGAAAAGUCUAUCUUGCUGCAAGGCAGUGUUGAGCACUGUGGAGGGCAACGCGUGCGCCUUGACUUACAGAAUUUAAGUCAUUAUUCCCUUUUUCCUGGCCAGGUUCUGGGAAUUGAAGGGAACAAUCCUAGUGGACACUGUUUGAUUGCAUCUAAAGUGGUUGAUUCUAUUCCUCUACCUGCUUUGCCUGAUAUUGAUUUGCCUCCAGCUAAAAAGCAAGCUAUAGAUCAAUUUCAGCUAAAUUCUCCCUCAAGUCCAUCGACAGAAGAGCUAUCUAUGAUUAUUGCAGCAGGUCCUUUCUCUACAACUGACAACUUGUUGUUUGAGCCUCUAACGGAGCUACUUGCUUAUGCAAGUAGAAAGCAACCCCAAUUGCUUGUGCUGUUGGGGCCAUUUGUUGAUUCUGAGCAUCCAGAGAUUAAGAAGGGGACUGUUGAUAGAAGCUAUGAAGAGAUUUUUCAAGUUGAAAUCGUCAGAAGGUUGCAAGAUCACGCAGAGUACAUGGGUACUGCUGCACGUGUAGUUCUUGUUCCGUCUAUACGAGAUGCUAGCCAUGAUUUUGUUUUCCCUCAGCCUGCUCUGGAUCUCCAUCUUUCCAAUCUUAAACAUCAGAUAUCAAGCCUUCCAAAUCCAGCUCGCUUCACUGCAAACAAGCUCAAGGUUGGAUGCUGCUCUGUGGAUGUCUUAAAACAACUUAGUGGGGAGGAGAUAUCAAGAAUACCAGCUGACAGCUCGUCUAGGGAUCGUAUGGGAAGACUUGCAACUCAUUUACUGAACCAACGAAGCUUUUAUCCUCUAUAUCCCCCUUCCGAAGAUGUUCCUUUGGAUCUUUCACUUGCUCCAGAAGCACUGCAGAUUCCCGCCAUUCCAGAUAUUCUCGUCUUACCUUCAGAUUUGGCCUCAUUUGUGAAGGUACUGUCAGUAGGGGGGAAAGCAUAUGGGGAACAGCCAGUGAAGUGCAUUUCUGUGAAUCCUGGUAGGUUGGCGAAGGGAGUUGGAGGGGGUACCUUUGUAGAGCUUACCUACCGUGGGAAUUUGGACAGGACAAGCGCUACAAUCAUCCGCAUGUAGGAUCUAGGUGAUCCAUCAAUGAGUCCGACAAUCCAGGUGCCAACAGAUACUUUAGGAAUUUCAGGACCGUGGAAUCCAACUCUACAGCCAAACAUAUGCAGUCAUUCACAACUGAUAUACCACUUCGAUCUGGUCGGGCUUGAUCCGAAAGCAAAACCUAAUGGUUGCUUCCCUCUGAGUUCUUAAUCGUUGUUGCGAUGAACAUGAUAGUCAUGUAAGGAGCCAAGUCUCCCUUUAGCACUCAAGUGUUAAUAGUGUUCAUUAAUUUGCUGAGCUCAUCAGUGAUUUUAGUAUUGGCAAUCCUAUAUUCUCAAGUUUUUUCUUUCCUCUGAGUAAAA